UAAGGAACCGGACGAUAAGAAGAAGCGUAUUGGAGGAGGCACCCUUUCAUACCCUGUACUGCAAUCCCAAAUUAUCCUAUCCAACAUCCAUCCUCAGACAAUCCCUUCAUACUCCCACACUCCCAAUCGCCAUCUCCUACUUCUUCCUCUCCCUCCCUCUCUAUCUCUCUCUGCAAGUGCAAUGGAGGCCCUUUGUUCUUCUUCUUCUUCUUCCUGCUCCUCGUCUCUUUUGACCAAGCAGGCGCUUCCUUCAUGCUCUUCAAUCAACUUCGCAGCAGGAGUUGGCUCCGUCUCAGUCCUCCGCUCCUCCAUGCCCUCCCUCAAGACUCGAUCUUUUCCCAACUCCAUCAGAAAACACAGUCUAAUUGGGAUCCCAAGGGCCUCCGUCGCUGUUGAGCAGCAGAUCCAGAAGUCCAAAGUUGCCCUAAUCAGAAUUGGCACCCGAGGAAGCCCAUUAGCACUUGCUCAGGCUUACGAGACAAGAGAGAAACUCAUGGCAUCGCACCCCGAGCUAGCUGAAGAGGGCGCAAUUCAGAUUGUUAUCAUAAAAACUACAGGUGAUAAAAUACUGAGUCAGCCCCUUGCAGACAUUGGCGGGAAGGGUUUGUUCACCAAGGAAAUAGAUGAGGCACUCAUCAAUGGUGAUAUUGACAUUGCUGUCCACUCAAUGAAAGACGUGCCUACCUACUUACCCGAGCAGACAGUUCUGCCUUGCAACCUUCCACGGGAGGAUGUCCGAGAUGCAUUUAUAUCCUUAACUUCAUCUUCUCUUGCAGAUCUGCCAGCUGGAAGCACUGUUGGUACUGCUUCACUUAGAAGAAAGUCACAGAUACUCCAUAGGUUUCCAUCACUCAAUGUGCAGGAGAAUUUUCGGGGUAACGUCCAGACACGGUUGAAAAAGCUUAAUGAAAAGGUGGUCGAAGCAACCUUAUUAGCAUUAGCUGGACUCAAACGAUUAGAUAUGACAGAAAAUGUAACUUCAAUUCUUUCACUAGAUGAAAUGCUUCCAGCAGUUGCUCAGGGGGCGAUUGGAAUUGCCUGCCGAACCAAUGACGAUAAAAUGGCUCAUUACAUAGCUUUAUUGAAUCAUGAGGAAACAAGACUAGCAGUUGCAUGCGAGAGGUCGUUCCUUCUGACCCUGGAUGGGUCUUGUCGAACUCCUAUUGCUGGAUAUGCUAGCAAAGAUGAGGAUGGUAAUUGCAUAUUCAAAGGGUUGGUGGCUUCCCCUGAUGGAACCCGUGUACUUGAAACUUCUAGGAAAGGCCCGUAUGCUUCUCAAGAUAUGAUCAACAUGGGUAAGGAUGCAGGCCAGGAACUUCUUUCACGUGCAGGUCCAGGUUUUUUCGGUAUUUAAUGUGAGCCUUACUUAGGGAAAGCUGCGGAAGUUAAUGCAGCCUCCCUCCCUCGUGCAAAUUUUGGUGGUUGCAACCAAUGAGUUUAUUUAUCAGCCUUUGAGCUGUCUGUUGUAACUUGUUACAUUAGUAUUUGUUCUGUUUUUGUUGCUAGAAAGAGCGACAAUUCAGUCACUACAGGCUUUGAUUGUUGUUGUCUCAGUUCAUUUAGUAGCCAAAGUUUUGUGACUCUCUCUCU